AUGGCAAAUUCUAAAUAUGGAAAAUAUUUACGUGAUGUUCAAGUUAUUAUUUGGGAUGAAAUUAGUAUGGUAUCUAAGCAUGCAUUCGAAGCAGUUGAUAGACUUAUGAAGGAUAUUUGUAAUAGCGACAAAAUUUUUGGUGGAAAAAUAGUAAUUUUGUCAGGUGAUUUUAGACAAACCUUACCAAUUUCAUUUUCGCUGUUUGAAAAUAAGCGUCUUACGGCCAAAGAUGAUAAUUUUAAGAAAUGGUUACUGCAUGUAGGUGAAGAUGAUUUAAUUUGUGAAUUUGAAGAAAUAAUAACAGAAAUAUAUGGUCGUCAAAUAAGAACGGAAGAUGAAUCGACUCACGAUAAAGUUAUAUUGGCUCCGACUAAUGUUGAAGUGAUAGAAUUGAACAAUAAAAUAUUAUCAAAAGUGGAAGGAGAUACGCGAGAAUAUUUAAGUAUAGAUGCAGUAUCGGAUGAAGAUGGUGAGUCUUCGCAUUCAUCAGUGCCAAUAGAAGUUUUGAAUACUCUGACUCCUAAUGGGAUGCCUCAACAUAACUUGAUAUUGAAAGUGGGAGUCAUUGUAGUUUUGUUGAGAAAUUGA